GAAUUUGCAGCAGGAGGACAAGUGAUAUUUGAUCUUUUGUUUGUAUUAUCAUAAUGUAUGUAUGGUGUGUCACAAGACGUCUGUUAUGUUUCUAUACGUUGAUCAUGAUCUGCGAUCGUGCGUCAGCCCCUUUUGGCCGAAUCAAUUCAGCGCUUUUUCAUUGCAGCUUCUUUUUGCCGCUGUCGCUGGUUUUCCUUUUUGGCCAUGGUGAUUUGCAAUCUCUUUGCCUCGUCCGGACGGGACUUCUGUCCGUUUUUGCGUCCAAGCUUCCCCUGCAAUUUCUGGCUGUAGUACAGCUCGGCAUCGGUGUCUCCGAGAACCAGAUCGUUGUUGUACACAUCGUCGUCGCCGCCGCCAGUUUCUGCGAUUCGGGCCAAUGAUCUCAAGUCUCCUGUGCUCUUUGCGCAGCGUUUGAUGGGGGUAACCACAAAUUUUGGUCUCUUUUUCGUCUUCUUGGCGUCUCGCUGCUGCGCCGYGCCUUCUGCUUCUUUAACCGCAGAAAGCUGAUCCGUCUCCUGGGCUUUUUUCUUCAUGAUAGCGUCUCGGAAAGAAAUCUUCGAGGCGCUCGACCAAGAAGAUUGGAUCGAAAUGACGGACGGGGACUCCGAUACCAUGACCAUGCUCGAAGAAGCAAGGCUGGCAGCACCAUCUUGGGAUUCGGUUUGGCUGUUGUUUCCAACCAACACCGCCUCGUCGUCGUCGCUGCAUUCUUCCAAAACCGUGCGAAAAUUUGGRGUCGACAUGGCGUGCUUGAGACAGAAAGGUUUGCUUUUGGUCGUGUUGUCAUCGGCAAGCCCGAUCCUUCCUUCGAUCUCUCCUUCGAAUGGCUCCACCACGCGGACGGCAUCUCGUUCAAAGGACGUUUGAAGAGCAGAUUCGCCUUCGGAAUCGGGAAGCAAUUCCCAAUCUCCUUCGUCCUCGGGUGACGGAAUUCUUGAGGGCGAGAGUGCGGGCCACUCCCUUGCACAAGGCACGUGGGUUGGUGGAAUAGCAGUGGUUGGAGACAUGGUUAUUUUUUCUUCUGGGGGUGUAUGAUACUGUUUCUUCCUGUGUUGCUCUGUUUGUCUGCGUGCACGACUUUCAAUUAAUGCUUGCRGAUAUA